AUGAAAGCAAGCGACAAACUUCCCUCAGUAACUGUCAAUGAAAAGAAACCAACUGAUAAUAUAAAUAUCGCAGAUUUUUUCGCCCCUUAUAAAAAAGCCAUUUUAUUUGGCGUGCCUGGCGCUUUUACUCCUGGAUGUGCAAAGACACAUGUUCCUGGAUACCUCGAGAACUACGACAAAAUCAAAGCAAAAGGCGUUGAAAAAAUUGCCGUGAUUUCUGUUAACGAUGCUUACGUCAUGCAGGCGUGGCGUAACAGUUAUAACCAUGGUGAUAAGAUUACAUUUCUUGCUGACCCUCGAGCUGAAUUCGCCAAAGCCGCAGACUUAUAUUUCGACGUUAGCGAUUUAGGCGGAAUACGAUCUAAACGAUUCGCAGCUAUUCUUGAGAAUGGAGUAGUAACCAGAAUUGAUGUUGAGUCUGACAAUUCAGGUCUCGAGUGCUCUUUAGCUCCAGCAAUUUUGCGACAUCUUUAA